UCACGAAAACUCAACAAGUUGGAGUUCAUACUACGUCAUACAACGAUUAUGAUGUUUAUUCAUAUAAGUUUGAUAAGACAAUUGGUAUGUUGGUAAAAGCUGUAGAUUUGACUGUGCAACCAACACAAUGCAUGACUGUAGUUACUGAAAAUAAAAGACCAGUAACAGCAUACCCAUCUGCUUCUAUACCUUGAGAUUGUGACAUUAAUUAGCAAUUAGCACACCCGGAUUGAAACUAGUUAGGUAGACUCAAUAUUGUUUGGAGAUAUUUGCUUUAAGACACAAUGGGCAUCGGUGAAACAACUUUAGCAUGGAGAUGUUCAUUUUUUCUUAUGUUUUUCGGUUUUUUCAUCAUGAUUGCAUCUGUAGCCUCCUCGUACAUGGCGGCAGCAGACAUUAUCCCAAACAGGGAGAGGCACAUGGGAUUCUGGGAUCUCUGCGAUGACACCCAGACGUUUGGCUGUAAAGAUAUGAUAGAAUACUUACGCUCUAUAAAGGAGGGAUUUGAUUGGGUCCACGGCUGCCGGGCAAUGGUCAUCAUCGGCCUGAUCAUCCAGCUCUGCUCCGUCUUCGUCAGUCUGUACAUGGCCUACAUGGUGUCAGGGACUCACAUAGGAAACCUGAUCACUGCAGGGGGUGCUAUCAUUUCAGUUGUCUUUAAUCUGAUUGGUGGGCUUGUCUUCCUGGCCAAUGCAAUGGAUAUCCUGGAGACUACCCUGGAGAUGGAUUCGGAUCCGUCCUGGUCCUUUGCCCUACUCAUCAUCUCCCAGGGAUUUUACCUCAUCGCCGCAGUGCUGCUCAUAUUUGAUGCCUGCCGAGGAAAUUAAUGAACACCUUUUGAUGAUGUGCUUGUGAGUGAGUGCUUGUAACUGUUGGGUGUUUGUGGUUGAUGCAUUUCAAAAUGUUUUAAACAUGAAUACUGGACAAGUGUAUAAUAAUGUAUAGCAAUAUACUUGUCUGGUGUAAUAUACAUAAUACAUAUUUGUACAUUCACUGUUUUUUUUUUCUUGUAAACAUUGUUUUCUUUUUUGUAAUGAAAACUUCUGAUCAAUGUAAAGUUUCUAUUUUUGAUAAGAAAGGCGGGACUAAUUUUAAAUUUAAAUUACUAUAAUGGCAGCAAAUGGCUUUUUUUUUUCAUGAGAGUUCAACUAAGUCUAGUUCAGUUGUAUAAAUGUGUUGCUAAAAAUAGCAUAUUGUGACUUAAUGCAAUUAAUAUACCAACCUGAUUAAUAAUAUCUAUUUGCCUUAAAACUAGAACAUUUUGUACAUAUUUGAUUAAAUGAUUUCUUUAAAAAAAAAGGCAGCUGUUAAAAUAAGUGAGCCAAUAUUUGAUUUUAAACAUGUUUGAUAACUUUAAUCAGUCACUUUUUUGUUUUGUAAAUUCAUAAUAUCGAUAAAUUAUGUUAAGUGAUGAAGGCCAACAUUGACCAAGGAAAGAUACACAUAAAGCUAACACCAGACCACCAAUGUGUCAUUAGAUUGGCCACGGCGCUACAUUUAUUUUGUUUUACACAAUCAUUUUUUUUUUUACUAAAUAAUUUUUAGAUAGAAUUUUUCAGGUGUUAGGUAAAAAAAUAAACUUUGUCUUGCUCCUGGUCACUACCUUAGAAUAAUGUAGUGUGGUGGUAGCCAACUUUAUGUUGGUGGUAGCCAACUUUAUGUCGGUGGUAGCCAACUUUAUGUCGGUGGUAGCCAACUUUAUGUCGGUGGUAGCCAACUUUAUGUCAGUGGUAGCCAACUUUAUGUUGGUGUUAGUCUGCUGAAUAUAGAAUUUCGAGGUUAAAAGGUCACUGUCUAGACACAUCCAUUCACUAUUUCUUACAGGUGGGGUUCUCACACUGUUGGCUUUAAAGUACAAAACAAAUACAAUACUUUCCACAAUUAUUAUCCUACUGUAGUAAAGCUGAAGAUAAUGUCUAAUGAGAGGUACUUGAUUUAGGGAUUUAAAUUUUUUGAAACUAUAGAGCUGGUUUUACAAAAUUGUAUUUUUAAAAAUAUAGGCUUUAUAAUGCUUAAGUACUUCUGUUUUAAACUUUUUAUUCAUAUUGACUCUAGUUGUAAUAUAUGAUGAUCAAAAAUCAUGUUUUUGUAACAAAGAUUAUGUUUUUGUUUUCUACUAAGUUCCAGUCACAUUUUUAUAUUCAUGAAUAAUUCCUGACCAAGACAUUUCCACAUUCCAUAUCUUCAAAGAAAUUUCCAGACAACUAAGAUAUUAAUCAAAGUCUUGUUCAUCUAAUCAUUCUAAUGUAAAUAAACUUUUUACAACUUU